AUGUUAGACCUGCGGACAUACACAUCGCCGUUGCUUGUCAGCGGCACCAGCGCCACAGUUCUGAAACUGGGCGACAAAGUCGAGUCUGGAGACCUGUCACAGCAGCUCAGCGGCGACGGCGGCACCAGCGACGCAGCCGCGGCGGGCGGCAGCGGGGCCGCCGCGUCCAAGAGCAAGGUUGGCAGCAACAUUGCUAUCAAGGACCUAAUUGAUGCGGGGCUGAUCAAGCCGGGCCCGACAGCCCUCACGGUGACCUACAAAAACAAGGUCACCGUCGGGGCCCUGCUGGCAGACGGGAACAUCGAGUACAGCGGCCAGACGUUCUCGAGCCCGAGUGCCUUUUCGGUCCACGUAAAGCGCCAGCAGACGCCGGGCAAGCAGGGCGACGACGGCUGGCGCAGCGUGCACGCGGCGGACUCUGGCGCCUCCCUCCAUGAUCUGAGGGCGUCCCUGCUGUCGGCGCUUGGUCAGCAGGCGGUGGCGGCGGCGGGCGGCGGCGCGGGGCGGCAAAGGGGGCGGCCGGCGCGGGCGAAGCCGGCAACGUACAAGGAGCCCAAAGGAGUUGCGGUGGCGCCCUGCGGCGCGCCUUUGCGCCGCCACGCGGCCUGGGACGCGCGGCGGCGCAGCGCGCUCCCCGGCAAGGUGGUCGCGACCGAGGAUGCAUUGGAGGAAGAGGAGGAGGAGGAUGGGGCGCCGGCCGCGGCGGCCGCAGCGGAGCCCGCAGAGGUCCACUGGGUGCAGUGCAGCCGCUGCGAGCGCUGGCGCGUCGUGCCGGACGAGCACUGGGCGGCGAUCGACGCCGCUGACGAGGACGCCGACUGGUUCUGCGAAAUGGCGCCGUGGGACGUUUCGAAGUUUGAACCGUUCGACCCCGCGUGCCCGACGGGCUGA